AUGGCGUCCCCGACCGUUCCUAUGGGAGUUUAUCUCUGGAAGAGACUCGCAUCUUUGGGCAUUGAGCAUGUAUUUGGAGUACCAGGAGACUUCAACUUGACUCUUUUGGACCAGAUCUACGAUGUGCCCGAGCUCAAGUGGCUUGGUACAUGCAACGAACUGAAUGGAGCUUAUGCCGCUGAUGGCUAUACACGUAUCAGAGGAGUUCCGGGAGCUCUGUUGACGACGUAUGGUGUGGGGGAACUGUCAGCCAUGAAUGGGGUUGCUGGAGCCUAUGCCGAGCAUGCAGGAAUGAUUCAUCUUGUGGGAAUGACAUCUCGGCCAUUCCAAAAAAUGAGAGCCAUGGUUCAUCAUACGAUGGAGCCAGGCAUGGAUCAUGCUAUCUACAUUGGGAUGAGCGAGCCGAUUCGGAAGACACAUACCUUCCUCACAGAUGAUGCUACGAUGGCGGAAGAGAUUGAUCGAGUCAUUAUUGAAGGUGUGAAAAGCAGACUUCCGGUCUUCAUCUACAUUCCUACCGACAUUGUCUCCGUUCAGCUUGAUGCCAAGCGUCUUGAAACUCCGCUCGAUACCACGAUCACGAAUAGCAAGACUGCCGAGGAUUCGAUUGUUAAAUCGGUCUUGGAACUGAUCAAAUCUGCUUCAAAUCCUGUCAUUCUAGCCGAUGUCCUUACGAUCCGACAUGGGGGACGAGACUUGGCAAGAGAGUUGGUUGACCUGACUCAAUUCCAGAGCUUUUCAACUCCUCUUUCAAAAGGAAUAAUUGACGAGACUCAUCCUAGCUAUGGGGGAAUCUAUAAUGGAACAGUUUCAUUCCCUGGUGUCGCCGACGCAGUCCACAGCUCGGAUCUGGUGUUAAACCUCGGUCCGCUGCUUUCAGACUCGAAUACGGGAGCCUUCACCAGAGAAAUUAAGGACGAGAAUGUUGUGCUAUUGGGACAUGCAUUCUGUCAGGUAAAAGACAAGAAAUACGAAGGUGUUCAUUUCCUGCCAGUUUUGAGAAGAAUCGUUGAAGAGCUCAAGACAGACGCAAAAUCGUACAACCUUCCACGACGACCAAGGGGGGACAGACUCGAGGCGCUCAUCUUAAACAAGUCAACCUCCGGAGCAAUCGAGCAAACUUAUACUUGGCAGCGACUUGGAAAAUUCUUGAAAGCAAAUGAUAUUGUACUUGCAGAAUCAGGGACUGCUCAAUUCGGCAUGCCAGAUGCCACAUUCCCCGCCAACGUUCGAUACGUCACGCAGAUCUUCUGGUCGUCCAUCGGAUACACCGUUGGCGCAUGUCUCGGAGCUCUAGUCGCAGCGAAGGAGAUGAAGCUACCUGGUCGAAUUGUGUUGAUCGUUGGAGAAGGAAGUAUGCAGAUGACGGUUCAAGAAAUGCAAGUUGGCCUUCCACUGACAUUCCUUGGCAGCGCUGCUUGGGAUCUUGACACUGACAUCACUUACUUCAGUGGCUCUUACAUCCGCUACGGCUUCAAGCCUAUCAUCUUUGUUAUCAACAACAAUGGCUACUCCAUCGAGCGAGCUAUCAACGGACCGAAGCAGGCCUACAACGAGGUGAGUAUGCUAUGGGAUCACCAGAAGAUGCUCGAAUUCCUCGGCGCGAGAAAGGAGAAUGGGAUUGCGAGCAAGAGCUACAAAUGCACGACCGUGGAAGAGCUCGAGAAGGUUCUCACCGACGAGGAGUUCGCCCAGGCCAAUUGCAUUCAGGUGUGUGAGAUCGUCAUGGAUCAAUUCGAUUACCCGUGGCGUUUGACAAAGCAGGUCAGCAUUUUCCAAGCGAGGGCGAAGGCAAUGGCCAGCUCGAAGUAG